AUGGACAGCUCGCUAGAAUCAGCGCCUAUUCAGGCCACGCCAAACAACCCCAGGAAGCGCGCCGCCAGCAGAUCUCCCUCGAUAUCCCCAUCAGAGGCCCUGCAGUUGAAGAAAGCAUGCUAUGAAAUUGCACAUCAGAAUUUCAACGACCAUGUCAUGUUUCAACCAGCUCCUAUUAGGAGUAGUCGUCCAUCCACUGCUCUACUGGAGUAUAUAAAGGAGACGCUACCUAGUCCUUCAUGCUUGAGAAAAAUCGGUAACUGGCUCGAAGAUAUUUAUCCUCAAGACCUAUGCAAGAUAUCACACUCAGAUUGCUCCAUUCUAGACAGAGACUUGGAACCUAUACCAGAAAGAUCUCAUUCUGCUCCAGCAAUUAUGGUAGGUAGAAAGAACGUCACCGGGAAAGCCGUCUCCUUUGACCUGGCGUUUUCUCCUAAAUCAUCCCUUAAGCGCUCGACUCCCGGGUUCACUCCUCAAGAAGGUAGUCCAUCUAUUGACCCGACACCGACCAUUUACCCAUCUGGCACUGGCACACCUAAUCGAUCUAACGGGCCUCUCGUAGAGAGUGCCCUCUACCGGGAUUGCAACCUUGCCCUCAACAACAUCCUCUUACUCGACUCUCGAAAUGAACUCCCGCCUCGUAUCUCAGCCCUUGUCGAAUCCCUCAAGCAAGGUCGAUCAUCCCCUGAGCCUAUCCCCCAGGAUAACGAUGAUCUCUACGCCAUGGAAGCCGGUACCAGUGAACCAAAGGUUGAAGAAUUCGUUCGAAACAGCAUCAUCCCCCCGAGUUCCAGCACAGACAAAAUCCAGCGCAGCGAUCGUGUCUUUGUAGGCAGGGCAGUUAUCCCCAUCACCAAUCCCUACGCGAGAGUCAGUGUUCCUGUUCCCGAUCUCCUAUACGGGUAUCGCUUCUCUGCCUUCGAGCACGACCAGCGAAUGCAGAUCGCAACAUGUGGUAAUUUUGCGUUUGUGAACAGCGAGGGCCUUACAUUUCCCUUCUUUACAGUCGAAUUCAAAGGCGAUGGACCAUCCAGCAAAGGUAGUCUCUAG